CCCCCCGGCGGAAGGGCAGAGGCGGGGGCAGGGCUUGCGCCCACCCGGCUCCGCGUUCCCCUUCCCCCGCCCUCCGCUCUCAACUUCUCCCGUCCCGCCCGGCUCCCCUCGGCCUUCACCCCGACCCUCCUCCUCCUCCUCCUCCUCCUCCUCCUCCUCCUCCUCCUCCUCCUCCUCCUCCUCCUUCCUCCCACCCCCCACUCCGGCCCAGUCGCUCGCUAAUUGAAGAGCCGGGAUUCCUCACGUGAGAAGUUGAUUUGUAGUUUGAACACGUGGCUCAUUCAAAAAGCCGGAAUAUUCAACCGAGGGCUGCAGCCGCCGCCGGGAAGAUGAACAAGCUCUACAUCGGCAACCUCGGCGAGAACGUCAGCCCGCUCGACCUGGAAAGUCUCUUUAAGGACUCCAAGAUCCCCUUCUCGGGCCAGUUCCUGGUGAAGACGGGCUACGCCUUCGUGGACUGCCCCGACGAGAGCUGGGCCAUGAAGGCCAUCGAGGCGCUUUCAGGUAAAGUGGAGCUGCACGGGAAACUCAUAGAAGUUGAGCAUUCAGUCCCUAAAAGACAAAGGAGUCGGAAACUUCAGAUCAGAAACAUCCCACCUCACUUGCAAUGGGAGGUGUUGGACAGUUUGUUAGCUCAGUAUGGAACAGUGGAAAACUGUGAGCAAGUGAACACUGACACAGAGACUGCAGUUGUAAAUGUAACAUAUGGCAAUAAGGACCAGGCUAGACAAGCAAUAGAAAAACUGAACGGGUUUCAGCUUGAAAACUAUUCCUUGAAAGUUGCGUAUAUCCCUGAUGAAAUGGCGGCACAGCAACCUCCGCAGCAACAUCCCCAGGGACGGCGUGGAUUUGGACAGAGGGGCCCUCCAAGGCAGGGCUCACCCAGCGCAACCGCGCGGCAGAAACCACAGUCAGACGUUCCUCUACGGAUGUUGGUCCCCACGCAGUUUGUUGGAGCCAUUAUUGGGAAAGAAGGAGCAACCAUCAGAAAUAUUACAAAGCAGACUCAGUCCAAAAUUGAUAUUCAUCGUAAAGAGAAUGCAGGUGCUGCUGAGAAACCAAUUACCAUUCACUCAACUCCUGAAGGCUGCUCAACAGCUUGUAAAAUCAUUAUGGAGAUCAUGCAAAAAGAAGCUCAAGAUACUAAAUUUACGGAAGAAAUUCCCCUGAAGAUACUGGCACACAACAACUUUGUUGGUCGACUUAUUGGCAAAGAAGGAAGAAACCUGAAGAAAAUUGAGCAGGACACAGAUACUAAAAUCACGAUAUCUCCAUUGCAGGACUUGACACUCUAUAAUCCGGAAAGGACCAUUACAGUUAAAGGCAGUAUUGAAACUUGUGCCAAGGCCGAGGAAGAAAUUAUGAAGAAAAUCAGGGAAUCCUAUGAAAAUGAUAUUGCUGCUAUGAAUCUUCAAGCACAUUUAAUUCCUGGAUUAAAUCUGAAUGCCUUGGGUCUGUUCCCACCUUCUUCUUCAGGAAUACCACCUCCUGCAGUGAGUGUUGCCUCUGCUGCUGCUGCUGCUUCAUAUCCACCAUUUGGGCAACAGCCCGAGUCUGAGACUGUUCAUCUGUUCAUCCCAGCCUUGGCAGUUGGAGCUAUUAUUGGCAAGCAGGGACAGCACAUCAAACAACUUUCUCGCUUUGCAGGCGCAUCUAUUAAGAUUGCCCCUGCUGAAGGACCAGAUGCCAAGCUGAGAAUGGUUAUCAUCACUGGACCUCCAGAAGCUCAGUUUAAGGCUCAAGGGAGAAUCUAUGGAAAACUUAAAGAAGAAAAUUUCUUUGGACCUAAAGAAGAAGUGAAACUUGAGGCUCAUAUAAAAGUGCCAUCCUAUGCUGCUGGUAGAGUUAUUGGUAAAGGAGGCAAAACAGUAAAUGAGCUUCAAAACUUGACAAGUGCAGAAGUUGUAGUCCCUCGUGACCAGACACCUGAUGAAAAUGACCAGGUGGUUGUGAAAAUAACUGGUCACUUCUAUGCAUGCCAGCUUGCUCAGAGAAAAAUUCAGGAAAUACUGGCUCAGGUAAGAAGGCAGCAGCAACAGCAAAAAACAUUGCAAAGUGGACAGCCUCAGCCAAGACGAAAAUAAAGGUUUAGGAAAUGGCCCAUCAGAGACAGAUGCCAGACCAAAGACAGACUGUGCAACAGAGAGACGGGUGGUGAGCACCUGUUGAAGUUAUAUGCAGAAGAUCCACCAAGCCAAUCACCUGUUCGAGGACCAGGCAACCGCUGAACGCUGUCUCUGAGAAUGUAUUCUUUAGGCUCUCUCAAACUUUUGAAACCCAGCUUUAAAAUAAGGACCCCUUCACUUCCCUUUUGUUCUAUUCUCACAAUUUAACAUAAACUCGUUAGUCUUUUUUAUUGUUCUUAUUAUUCCCCAACAAUUUUAGAACUUGGUUUAAUGAAGCUUUCUCUUCUGAGUUCACUGGUUUAAAAACAGAAAAAAAAAAGAAAAAAAAAAAGAAAAAAGAAAAAAGGAAAAAAAGAAAAGGCAUUGCUCUUAUAGGUCCAGCGGUAAAAGAAGAAACACAUUAGGAGGGUGGGAUUGUGGGUGGGCUAGGGUUAGAGCAAGGGUAUCGACAGGAGUUUAAGUGUUAGUCCCAAUGUUGAAACAAGUGGCAUUUUUUAAAAAGAAUUUGGUUGCAUUUUUACAUAACACUGCCAUGAAUAACCUAAGGGAAGUGUUGAAUGGUGUUGGCCAGGGCAUAAAAAGAUAAAUAUGCAUUUUACUAAACUACCUCAGGCAUUUAGUACCUCAAUGAGAAAUUGUUCCUUUUUUGCUUUUUUUUUUGGUAUUUUGUAUACUUUAUAAAGCUAAUAGUUCUUGAGCAUUUUAUUUUUUUAAAAAAAAUUAAAAUUUGAUCAGCCACCAGCCAGGAGUACUACGGACUUAUCGGGGAAAAAUAUAGCAGAGCACUUCUAGCUGCUGGCUGAUGGGAGUAAGGUGGGUAAAAAAAACACAGCCUCAGAUUUUCUGAGGGCUUCAACACCAUCAUUUGUUUAAAAAAAAAAUUCAGUGAAUGUUCAAAAGAUAGUGAAUGAUGCCAACAUUCUGAUAGCAGCAAUGCCGUUUAGUUUUCUUUUAAGAUGGGAUGAAAAAGUUUGUGACGGUACUUUUUUGGGAACAGGACAAGGAAGUGAUGGCAAGAGGCUGGGGUUGGGGGAAAAAUUUAGAAGGCUGCAAGAGGCUGAAUUUUUUUUUUGUGCUACUUGAUUGAAUGCAUGAACCCUUUGUGCCUUUGACCAUCACUACCUAAUAAUGCUACAUUUAACCAUUUGCAGCCCAUUUGGACUUUGCCAUUUUGUUCAAAGAGCAAGCUUCAUCUUCAGUUUGAUAGAACACUCGAUCUGCCAGGGCGUUUUGGAGGCCGCGAGGGUCUCUGCUGUCUGCAGAUCACAUCAUACUGCUUUCAGUUACCACGAUGGGGGAAGGUCAAACAGUGUUUGAUCACGUUGAAAGAUAACGAAGGCUAAGUUUACAUAUCCAGCCGCUGUUAUGGGCCACACUAAGCCACUUUGAAGGUUUUAAAACUAUUACAAGAAAAAAAAACAAACCAACAACCUCUCUAGCCUGGCUUAUAAUAGAUGCAGCAGGAUUUAUGCACGUUCUGCAACCAACCAUUAGAGAAAAAAAUGUCAAAAGGCAGGGAUAACAGGAAAGUUACCAAAUUUUUUAAUUUCAGAAUGUAAUUUGAAUGCUGAUUGUGGUAAUAGUGACACAUUCAAGUUUCUACAAUAAACUUCAGUCUACCUCAGUUUAAAAAAAAAAAUGUGGCAACACAUGGUGCAUAAAGACUGCUGUGUGUGUGUGUGUGCGCGUGCGCGCCUGUAUGUGUGUGGUCGACAGAGCCAUGCUAUUACCUCUGAACCUUUUUUUGUGAUGUUUUUUGUGCAUGAGAUGAUCAGAAUCACCAUGCUGCACUGAUUUGAGGGGCACAACGAGCAAAAACAUUUGUUUCAUCAUUUUGUUAUCUACCUCUUAGGUUCAUGUUGAAAUAGAGGCAUUACUACAUAGACUAGAUAAUUUUCCCAAAGAUCAUUGUUGUACAGAUUAGAUAAUUUUGAAAAUGGUCUGAAGUGUUUUUCCUGCAUCUCUUCUUUACUAAUUGGUUUAAAAACCACAAACUUAUGUUGUAGUUUUAGCAAAGAAAAAUGAGUUUCUUUUCCUUUUUUGACAGUGACCUUCAUUCUAGCCUUUAGGAUAAUUUUUUUUCUUACAAUGAAUUUAAAAUUACUGAAGUAUGGAAAGUCAUAGCAUUUUAAUUUUUGUCGAGGCUUAAGUCAGUCUGAUGUUCCUUUCUUAACAUUUGAGAAGGAUUUGACUUCAUUAUUUUCCAUAAAAUUAUUUACAAAUAGGCGCUGCAUUUACAUCUACUGAUUUAAUUACUGUCAUAUCUCUUAAAUUUCUAGACUUAGUAUGAUAAAUCAUGUUUUAUUUUCAAUUGAGACUUGGUAAUUUGGAGUAUUUGGGAAUAGCUAGAAAGUAAAUACUGUAAAUGAUUUCAAUAUCCACAAAGUAUGGAUCAUUUUUCAUCUGUAAUGUGCCCCCCAAUGCAGCUCCACUUGCCAGAUGCCUCUGAAUGGAAUAAAGAGUUUAACUCCUAUCAUCAGA